AUGUCUGAGGCUGCCCCAACUGUCACCACGGCGCAGAUACAACCCUCCAGCUCCCUAUGGGAUCGCGUAACAACAUGGGUCUCGGAGAACAAAGUUGCCGCCUACACGAUUGCCGGUACUGUGGUAGUCGUCACUAGUGCUGGUGCCAUAUACUACUUUUCCGAUUCGCAAAAACCUGCUCCCUCGGAAAAGCGAAAAAGCAAGAAGGAACGACGGAAAGAAAAGAAGGACGCCGAAGAAGCUGCCCGCAAAGUCAAGGAUGUGGAAGCUGCGCCCAAAGCCGCUACUGUUGAAGCUGACGCCGAAGAUGAGCUACCAGAGAUCACCGAGUCCACCGUCGAGUCGUUUACCGCCGAGGACCGUGCUAGCUAUGCUGGCAAGCUGAAGCAGGCCGGAAACAAGGCUUAUGGCUCGAAAGAUUACAACAAAGCCAUCGAUCUAUACAGCAAAGCUAUCCUUUGCAAGCCAGAUCCUGUCUUCUACUCUAAUCGCGCCGCCUGCUACAAUGCCCUGAGCGAAUGGGACAAAGUCGUCGAAGACACAACCGCCGCCAUCUCCAUGGAUCCCGAAUACAUCAAGGCCCUGAACCGUCGCGCACACGCCUACGAGCAUCUUGGAAAGUUCUCCGAAGCUCUGCUCGACUACACCGCCAGCUGCAUCAUCGAUGGCUUCAAGAACGAGAAUUCCGCUGCUAGUGUGGAGAGACUACUCAAGAAGGUUGCUGAGCAGAAGGGCAAGGCCAUCCUUGAGGGCAAGAAGAACAAGCUGCCCAGCGCUACCUUUGUCACCAACUACCUCCAGAGCUUCCGCCCCCAGCCACCUCCUGCUGGGCUCGAAGAGUCCGCAGAGCUCGACGAGAACUCCGGCAAGGGCCAACUGCGCAAAGGAUUGGUCGCUAUGAAGAACAAGACUGCUGAUGCUUAUGAGGAAGCUUCCAAUGCGUUCAAGAAGGCUGUCGAGCUCGGGGAACUUGGCGAACAUGAGGCUUUUGCCCUCAAUAUGCGCGCCACAUUCGGCUACCUCGAGGGUGAUGUCAAUGGAGCCAUGGAAGAUCUCACAAAAGCCAUCGACCUGCAACCAUCUUUGACACAAGCAUACAUCAAGCGAGCCAGCAUGCAACUGGAGCUGGGUGACAAAGACAAGGCGGCCGAGGACUUUGCUAAGGCCGCAGAACAAAACAACGAUGACCCGGACAUUUUCUACCACCGUGCGCAGCUACACUUUAUCCUCGGCGAAUUCGCAGAUGCGGCUAAGGACUAUCAAAAGUCCAUCGACCUGGACCGCGAGUUCAUCUACUCGCACAUUCAACUUGGUGUGACACAGUACAAGAUGGGUUCUAUUGCAUCGUCGAUGGCCACCUUCAGAAGGUGCAUCAAAAAUUUCGACAAGGUUCCCGACGUCUAUAACUACUAUGGUGAGCUGCUUCUGGACCAGCAGAAGUAUGAAGAGGCUAUUCAGCGCUUCGAGACUGCGAUCGAUAUGGAGAGAACCACAAAGCCGGCUGGUGCUAUCAACGUCCUACCCCUCAUCAACAAGGCUCUGGCUCUGUUCCAGUGGAAACAGGAUUUCAAGGCUGCCGAAGACCUCUGCAACAAAGCCCUCAUCAUUGACCCUGACUGUGACAUUGCCGUUGCCACCAUGGCGCAGUUAUUGCUACAGCAAGGCAAGGUUGUUGACGCUCUUAGAUACUUCGAACGUGCAGCCGAGCUGUCGAGAACCGAGGGCGAGAUUGUCAAUGCCCUGUCUUACGCCGAGGCCACCCGAACCCAGCUCGAGGUCUCCGAAAAGUAUCCGCAGCUAGCAUCGAGAUUGUCGCAGAUGUCGGCCGGUGGCGGCAUUGGAGGCAUGAGAUAA